CCUGAGGAGCGAUCAGAGCAUCGUCAGAAGAAAGUCAUCAAGAUGGGAAACUGCUGUGAAAGAGCUGGAAAUUUCUUCGGCCCGCAGAACAACACCUAUAUACGUGUUAGUUUACCGGCUGUUUGCUUCGUCUGGCAGAUUGCUAUGGUUAUUCUCUUUGGAGUUUUUAUCCGGUAUGACGAGGAAUCGGAUGAAAAAGGAUGGCAUGAGUUCAAAAAGAGUCAUAACAUCACCAGCAACAUUGAGAAUGACUUCUACUUCAGAUAUCCAAGCUUCCAGGACGUCCAUGUCAUGAUCUUUGUAGGCUUCGGCUUUCUCAUGACUUUCCUGAAGCGCUACAGCUUCGGUGGCGUGGGAUUUAACUUUCUAAUCGCCGCCUUUGGUCUACAGUGGGCUCUCCUCAUGCAAGGUUGGUUCCACAGUUUGGACCCCGUCACUGGAAAAAUCACCAUCGGAAUUGAGAGUCUGAUUAACGCUGACUUCUGCUGUGCUGGAUCUCUGAUCGCCUACGGGGCUCUCCUGGGGAAAGUAAGCCCUGUCCAGCUGAUGAUUGUCACCUUAUUUGGUGUCACACUUUUUGCUGUGGAGGAAUACAUCAUCCUUGACCUCUUUCAUUGCAGAGAUGCUGGUGGCUCCAUGGUCAUUCACACCUUUGGAGGGUACUAUGGUUUGGCCAUCUCCUGGGUGCUGUACCGACCAAACCUGAACUUAAGUAAACGUCUCAAUGGGUCUGUCUACCACUCUGAUCUGUUUGCUAUGAUUGGUGCACUGUUCCUGUGGAUGUUCUGGCCCAGUUUUAACUCGGCCAUCACAAACCACGGUGCUGGACAGCAUAGAACAGUCAUCAACACUUACCUUUCCCUCGCUGCCUGUGUUCUUACCACUUUCGCCAUCUCCAGUAUGGGUCAAAAGAAAGGAAAAUUAGACAUGGUACAUAUCCAGAAUGCCUCUCUGGCUGCUGGGGUUGCAAUGGGGACAUCAGCAGAGUUUAUGAUCACUCCUUACGGUUCAAUCAUUGUGGGUUUCUGCUGUGGUAUCAUCUCCACCUUUGGGUACUUAUAUGUCACGCCCUUUUUGGAGAAAAGGCUCAAGCUCCAGGAUACAUGUGGCAUCCACAACUUGCAUGCCGUGCCAGGGAUGCUCGGUGGCUUCGUAGGUGCCAUAGUUGCUGCAGCAGCUACUGAAGAGGUCUAUGGCAAAGAGGGGCUGGUCGAGACAUUUGGCUUGAGUGGCAAGUUUGAAAACAGGAGUAUGUCAACGCAGGGAGCCUACCAGGCUGCUGGCACAUGUGUAGCAAUUGCAUUUGGACUGGUUGGAGGAGUCUGUGUUGGUUUCAUCCUGAGGUUUCCCCUCUGGGGAGAUCCUGCUGAUGACUUUUGCUUUGAUGAUGAAGCGUACUGGGAGCUUCCUGAGGAUGAAGAGACAAUCCCUCCUGUUUUGGAAUACAACAACCACAUGAUAAACAAGCACCAAGACACACAUGAGUCACAAUUCUCUCUGGAGGAAAGUUAGAGACUUGCAGCAGGAGUCCAGUCCCCUUUAUAUCCUCAUGAACUUUAUGCAGCUGAUAAACAUGAACUGAUGAAGGAGCUUUGGAAAAUAAGCCACAUGAAAAUGUUUUAAUAUACAAGUAUUGUUUUGCACAAUUUAUGUCUCAUGUAGUUGCCUAUUAUCAACUAUUAGAAGCUUUAAGUUAAAACAACAUAAAAUAAUCAGUAAAUGUCCAAUUCAACAAAAUAUUAUUUGGAAUCAAGGUUUUUAAAGCUGCUGGAGCUUCAAACUGUUCUCAAAAUGUUGAUUUUUACCUUCACUUUGGAAGCAACAUAUAUCAUUCUGACUUCAGAAUGCCAAGUACAUGUAAAAGAUAAUCUGUCUAUAAGCUAAUUAUGCACUGAGGAAUAUUAUUGUGCAGCCAAAACUGUAAUAACAAAGACAAAUUGUGUAUUGUUAUUAGUUGAAUUAUUUCUAUAAAAUAAUUUAUAGCUUUUUAACUAUAUGCCGCUAUGUACAUAUAGUUCAACAAUUAGUUUGCUGCAUAAAUUGCAGAUUGCCUCUUUAGAAGUUUUAAUUAUAGUAACUAUGAUACAACCUCUAGCAAUUUGGUUGCUGUUGAAUGUUACCUCCAAUAAAGAAUGUAAGAUUGUAUGUAAGAACUUGCUUGAUUUACUUCUGGCAUAUUAUGGAUUCAGUUUAUUGGAUAAACUGAUGCGGUAAGGGAAUCAAUGCUAAUAUAACAUUUGUGUGAUGAAUGAAACAUGAUUGUUGUUAUUUUUAGUUUGUGAGAAAUGUUCUAGAUCUUGAAGACUCAUCUGCUUGAUCGUUUUACAGGAUUUCAACUCCACUAAAUGUACUGAACUAUCUUAAAAUGUGAUUUAAUAACACAAAGGUGCUUAGAUUAUUUAGACUUAACACUUAUUGGAAAUGGUGUGACCAAAAAAUAUUAAAGAAGCUUGUGUCAGUUUGAUGGAAUGAAAA